GGAACCAGAGGCUGUGUCCCUGAAGACUUUUCUUAGCUCAGAUCCUCAUUCUCCCAGAGACUCUGCCUGAGUACCAGCCAUGCUCGCAGCAAUAGGCUCCCUGGUGGCCGCCAUCUGGGCAGAGCUCCAUCUGAAGACUCUGCUGCUGGCUGCCCUUGCCUUCCUCUUCCUGGCUGACUACUUCAAAAAGCGGCGCCCCAAGAACUACCCGCCAGGGCCCAGGCCCCUGCCCGUCGUGGGCUGCUUGUUUUAUUUGGACCCAAAGCAGCCCCACCUAGCCCUCCAGAAGUUUGUGAAUAAAUAUGGGAACGUUUUAAGCUUGGAUUUUGCUAAUAUACCUUCAGUGGUUGUAACUGGCAUGCCCUUAAUCAAAGAAGUCUUUACUCAAUUGGAGCCGAAUUUUCUGAAUCGUCCUGUCACUCUUCUCCGAAAACAUCUCUUUAAGAAAAAUGGACUGAUCUUCUCCAGUGGCCAGACAUGGAAGGAGCAAAGAAGGUUCACUCUGAUGACUCUGAGGAACUUUGGGUUGGGAAAGAAGAGCUUAGAGCAGCGCAUACAGGAGGAGGCCAGCUAUCUUGUGGAGGCCAUAAAAGAGGAGGGAGGACAGCCAUUUGACCCUCACUUCAAUAUCAAUAAUGCAGUUUCCAAUAUCAUUUGCUCUAUCACCUUCGGGGAGCGCUUUGAGUACCAGGAUAGUCGGUUUCAGGAGAUGCUGAGGCUACUGGAUGAGGCUAUGUGUUUGGAGUCAUCACUGAUGUGCCACCUCUACAAUAUCUUUCCAAGGAUAAUUCAUUAUCUUCCUGGAUCGCACCGAACACUUUUCAGAAACUGGGGAAAGCUGAAAUUGUUUGUUUCUGAUAUAGUUGACAGUCACCGGAGAGACUGGAACCCUGAUGAGCCGAGAGACUUCAUUGAUGCUUUCCUCACAGAAAUGACAAAGUACCCAGACAAGACUACAAGUUUCAAUGAAGAAAACCUCAUCACCACCACUCUGGACCUCUUUUUUGCUGGAACAGAGACAACAUCCACGACCCUGCGCUGGGCUCUGAUCUAUAUGGCCCUCUACCCAGAAGUCCAAGAAAAAGUGCAGGCUGAGAUUGACAGAGUGAUUGGUCAAGGAAGACAGCCAAGCCUGGCCGACAGAGACUCUAUGCCCUACACCAAUGCUGUCAUCCACGAGGUGCAGAGGAUGGGCAACAUCAUUCCCUUUAAUGUUCCCAGGGAAGGGGCAGUUGCCACCAAGUUGGCUGGAUUUGACCUGCCAAAGGGAAUCAUGGUCCUGACCAACCUAACCGCAUUGCACAGGGACCCCAAAGAGUGGGCCACUCCAGAUGUCUUCAACCCAGAGCACUUUCUGGAGAAUGGAGAGUUUAAGAAGAGAGAGGCUUUUCUGCCAUUCUCAAUGGGAAAACGAGCUUGUCUUGGAGAGCAAUUGGCCAGGUCUGAGCUGUUCAUUUUUAUCACUUCCCUUAUCCAAAAAUUUACCUUCAAGCCCCCAGUCAAUGAGAAGCUGAGCCUGCAGUUCAGAAUGUCUGUUACCCUUUCACCCAUCAGUCACUGCAUCUGUGCAAUUCCUAGGCUGUGAUGUUGAAAAAGUAUGAAGAAAUGGCAUCUGCUUGGAAGACACUGGCCUCCUCACAUUUGAGGGGAUAGAAUGAAGGUGACCAGGGAAGUGGGAUAAUGAAACUAAAGUGACUGAAUCCAAUUAUGGAUUCAUAAGCAGAAAAUCAUUUAUGAGAUCAAUUACACUUCUCACCUAGGAAAGAUGAUUCCUCCAGCAAAGAAAAUGCUUGCAGAGAUCAUGAGAAACUGUGGAUUAAAUUGAUAUGGAAAUCACAAAAAUGAUCAUAAAAGUUAUGCCUUUACUUUGCCCCUCUUUUUCUCCUUUCAUUAAUGUGCGUUUGCUUCUUGUAGCCUGUGCAAAAGGGUGUCCAUGUAGGCUCUCCCACUGGCUAGCUCUGUGGCUACAUUUCAUUGCUCUGCCUCUGAGUGGGUUUCUUGGAAGUCAGCAGGGCAGGAUAACUCCCAGCAAGCAAGCGAGGCAGUUUCUAUGACUUACAUAUAGCAGUUGUAUGUAACCUAGGACCCAUGAGAUAGUGGGGUAUAACCACAGGAAAGCAAAUCCUGGAAGCAGAUUUGAAGAGAAAUUGGAAUAAUUUUCUGUUUCUACAGUAACUUCUUGCCUCGAGUCCUUUAUUAGACAUUUAUUCCUACAUACAUUCUCACAUAGGACCUGGCUGUGUUGGGUGUGAAUGUCAUUUCCAACUGGGGUUUAACUUUAGGUGGUUCCUAUUAUCAGCCAGAACUCACUGGGCCCCAGCAGUGAAUUUUUCAACAGUGCAUGAUAAAUGGCAAAAUUCUUCCUGGGUAUGAUCAGUGAGGUCAGUUAAAGUAGGUCUAAUAACAUUGAUAGGAAGGUUUUAAUCUACUUACGAUUAAUGUAAGAAGAAAUGCUAAUAAAGUGGCUAUCACCUCCACAUCUUUUGGUCCUCAAGAUUCCAGAGAUUAUGGAGCAACACAAUAAAUUAUUAUAUCAAGGAAGCAUUUGACUGCAAUAGCCUGAGGUUCCCAAGGACAGAAGCAAGGCAGCUAUAGUAGCUCUGCACACUUACUUAUCUCCCCCGUUCCACACCCAGGCAUCUGUAGCUUACAACAUAAGCCAAAUAUUAACUUAGAGAUCAUUUAUCUUUAGCUCUUGAACAAUUCACACGAGCAAGGGAUUUCCUUAAGUCUUAUGGGCUCUCAAGAUCCAACCUCAGACCCUGUCUUUUUAUGCACGGUGUUAUUAAACAAUCCUAACCAGAGAUCUGUCUUUGAGCUUCUCUGUGGAACUUUUACCAAGAAAAAAUCUCCAAGUUUUAUCUAACAUUGCUUUGCUUUCUGGGUGUGAUUUUAAUAUACAUAUGUGCCUUUUUAGUCUAAAUUCACCCUAUUAAAUUUAUAGGGUGCAUAUCAUCGUGCCUAUGGGAAAAUAAUGACACCAUGAUAAAUUCAUACAUCAUUUUCUAUUCUUGGGACUGAGUCGUCAUUUUGUGCUGCAUGGGCAGUGCACCGCUGGUGAAUCUGCUGCUGUGUUAAUCCACGUGCACUGUCGUCUUCCAUCCUCAAUGUGGAGUCAGAUAUCUCCAAGCAAGGCAUGGCCUGGUAGACCAUUGUUUACAGAGGAUGGAGUCAUUUAGGGCAUAGUCCAGCCUGAUCUUGCCACAAUGAUUAUAAUAACAAUAAAAGUAUGGGGACCUCUCUUAUCCCCAUGGAUGCAAUGGGUCCCAGCAAGUAUCCUGGAACCACAAUGAACCAGGUACUUUGUAAAGUAAUUCACCAUGACUCCUGGUGGAAAUUUCCAUGCACGAGCCUUGACUCCUUUUUUUUUUCUUCUGAUUUCACUGAAAUGGUAUAAAGUGUGAGUCUACUUCCCAUCCAAGAAUUAUAUAAUAAAAAAUUGUGAAUGAAACUUCUAAUAACCAUUCAUCUUUUGCAGCCCUUUCCCCUCCUUUCUUCAUUUCUGAUUGACAUCUAAUAUGCAAGUCUUUUGAGAGGAAAUAAAGAAUGAGGGACAUUAGGAAACAAGCCAUUACAAGGUGUGUUAUAGAUGUGCCUUCUGGGGAUGAGUACCCCACAGUCAGCUGUUCUUUGCAUUGUGAUCAGCUGUGGAUUUCUAUAAUGGUCUCUGUGUGCUGCCAAAAGAAGCUUCCUUGAUACAAAGAACCAUGUGUUUAAAGUCUCUCAAACUCCAUAACUAUCAUAAUUCCAGCAUCAUAGUUUCAACAGGGCUCCCUUAGCUAAAUUCUGU